GUGGGGGGAGCAAAGGAGCAGCAGUGCAGGGCAAUGGGGGGCGGGGCUACGUCAAGCCCAGAAGUGGUCGGGUAGGGGAGGGCGGUGAGAGGAGAGCAGGGAAGCGAGGGAAUGCGGGGGAGAGUGGGGGUGGUGGGAUCUCGGGCGUGCGAGUGAGGUGGGGGCUGCUGGGACUGGCAGCCAAGGGCGUGGAGCGAGGCAUGGAGAGGGCCAGAGGGGCAGGCCGGGGGGGUGUGGGAGGCGUGGGCGUGAAUGGCAGGCUGGCGGGGGUGAGACUCAAGCCCAGUGCCACUGCUGACGUGGCAGACCCCGUGACCGACAAUGGCAUCAUCAGUGACAUCACUCUCGAUCCGCAGGCCAUUGCUGACGUCAGCCUGCUGCUGGCGCUAUGCAGUCAGGACGCCUCUCUAGUGCAAGCAGACCUCACCACCCCUGCAGCCUUGGACGUAUCUGCGCCUGCACGCACCCUGUCCUCCGCCUCGUCCCCUCUGGACCCCGAGGCACACCCACUGGUGGCAUCACUGCUGGCAGAUGGCGGUGUGGGCGGUGGCGAGGGGGGAGUAGGUGUGCAGCAGGCGGAGGUGCGGGUGGGGGGCGAUGGGAGUGUGCAAGUGAGUGCGAGCGUGGGGGGUAUGGAGAGCACGGUGCUGCUGCGAGCGGACAGCACAGGGACGCUCGUCAUGGCCGUGGGGGGUGCCACUGCGGGCCAGGCACCAGCAGCAGUGGCAGCAGCAGAGGGCGCAGAGGCGAGUGCAGUGGCAGCAGGUGGCGUGGAAGGAUCCUCUCUGCCUGCUGCCUCGCCACAGCCCCUUGCCACUCCAGCCUCCACUGAGACUGCCCUUGGACAGUCGGUGCUGCCACUGUGGGGGUGGCUGGGAGGGCGAGAGCCAGCCAGAGAGGCGCUGGCAGAGGCAGCGGCUCAGCUCGCUGCAAUCAGAAGCAAGCUGCCCUCCGCCUCCCCCCCUGCAUCCCCCACCUCUCCUCCAGAACUCUCUCCCUCCACCUCUCUGGCCCCUGCUUCCCCGCCUGCACCACCCGCUUCGGCACCUACACUGGCGCCCACAGAGAAUGCAGCAUUUGUUGCUGGUGGUAGGGCGGAGGAGGAGGCGAGUGGGGAGGAAGAGAAGCAGAAGCAACUGUUAUCUGCUGUUGAUGUGCCGGCUGUGCCUGCUGUGGCUGAGCCAUCAGUCACGGAAGAGAAACGGGAGGAUUCAAGUCAAGGGAUGGGAGUGGAAGGGGCGCAGCGAGAAACAGCAGAGGGAACGCUGGUGGUGAGACCGGGUGCAGGAGAGAGAGCUGGGUUUGAGAGCACGGCUUUUUUCAGUGUGGAUGCCAGAGUGGGGGAGAAGCUGGCGCAACAAGGGAGCAGCAAUAAUAACAGCAACAGCAGCCGCGGUGGUGUGCUGCAUGGGCUGCAGGAGCAGCUAUCGGGCCUGUCUCCCUUCGCCAGUGCCAUUCGGGCCCUCACAGGCGUGUCACUGUGGGGCGGCGGGCAGAGGGUGGCGGGCGGCAUGACAGAGGCGCAGGUGAGGGAGCAGCUGGAGGAGCUGCGGCGGAAGAGAGAGGCGCGCAGAGCGGGGGCUGAGGGGCUCAACGCUGCUCUGGCGGGGCUCAACAGCCAGAUGGUGGACCUGCAGACCACACUGCAGGAGAACAAGCAAGCCGUCACAGAGCAGAAGAAGAUUCUCACUCGGGGCAUCGCGCUUCGCCCGAAAGUUGAAACGGCAGGCCCUCCAUCCGCCGUUGAGGGGGACAAGUCUAAGUUGACGGCCAGCGGUGCUGAGAUGUCGGCCCGCCAUCACCUCGCCGCCGAUUGCUCGCUGCUCUAUGCUCGACCAACACCAUCCACGCCAAACAUAACUGCCUCCACAGCAGGCCGUCAAUCCCCAUCCGUCAUUACACCUGUUCCCCCUGUGAUUGAGUUCCUUGAGAUUUCCUCGCCUUUUCUCUCGCAGCAGAUAUAUUUCUUGCUUUCUCCUGUUAGCUCUUGCUCAACGCUAGCAAUUCGUGCCUUCGGGACUGACAUCGACAAUAUGGCUAUCUUGGCAGUUCAACCGUCUACUCCGCACUGUCUUGUUGACAAAAAAAGCUCCUACGUAGUUUCGCAUGCUAUCAGUCCCGUCGAGGAUUGCGAUAUUCUCUCGCCCAUAAUUGACAGUAUAUCUUGCAUCCACGAGAACAAGGAGAAUUUGGAGCUCGGCAGUUUCGAGGAGCGGCUGGUGGACGCCUUUUGCCGCGGAACCCUCGACGCCGAGGUGCCGCAAGCCAUCGACGACAUCAUCGCCCUCGCACAGCGCCUCAGCCUCUCGCACGGCGACACUCACGCUCGCGAUACGAGCGUUGCGAGCGACGCUGACUCGCCAGUCUCUGUCGUUCGACGAUCGCCCCUGAACGACAUCUCGUCGAUCCACAGUGACGACGACGACCAGGUAAGCCUCGGAAACCGCUCGUUGCGAGGGAAAGACGCCGUAUUGACACGUGAAUAA